AGGAGCAUGUCAUUCAACUCCCUACCCUACCUGCCCUGCCAAGCCUGUCACACGUGGUCCGUGCACCUGCCUUCAACAGCGGCGGAGCCCUACGGGUUCAGGGAUCCCUGCUAUUGUGCUUGGGGUUUGGGGGGGGGGGGGUUGUCGCUCGACCGAGGCUCCAUUUUCAAUGGCAAGUUCAUGAUUUCUCCCCCUCCUCCCAGAUAUUGGACCGAUUUCGUGAAUUGAACAACUUAGCUCUCAAACCAGCAAACACACACAAACCACAACCUAACCAUGUCCAAAAACCGAACCCCCAUCCCCGACGCCUGGGACGACGACUGGGCUCCCCAAGCCGACCGCCUCUCCAAAACCCCGGCCGAACCCUCACCACCACCAGCGCCCCUCUCCAAAGCCGAGCGUCGCGCGAAACACCUAGAGGAGCAGCGCAGGUUAUGGGAGUCAGCUGAAGCCCCAGAACCAACCCCCUACCUCCCCAUCACAAACCCAAUCCCCCUCUCCACCCCCUUCAAACCCCCCAUCCAGCUCCUCUCCCGCCGCCCAAUCCCCCAGAAAACCCUCGUCCGCGAUCCAGCCACCGGUCUCGAACAACUCACCAUCACCCAACCCGACGACUUCGACGACGAAGACCCCGACACGGCCGCCCAAAAGCCCGAAACCCCCCAAGAGCGCAAGGAGCGCCAGAGGAGAGAACUAGAGGAAAAGCAGCGCCGGUAUCAAGAACAAAGAGCAAAGAUCUUUGGGGACUCAAACCCUUCCUCUGGACAGUCAUCCCCAGGGACGGUGACGCCCCCGCAGGCCGGGAAUGAUGGUAGGGGAGGAGGACAUAGAGGACGGGGUGGUGGUGGGAGGGGCAGGGGGAGGGAAGGGAACGGGAGGGGCAGCAACAAUGGGCGGAAUACUAACCGGCAACCUCAGCAGCAGACAACUGAACCACCGUCGAGGGAGCUCUUCGACGCGGAAUACUCCCCCAAACCACCCAACCGACGAGGCGGCGGCCCCUCCUCUCAACAGCCCAGCCGCUCUCACACACCCCGUGAAGAAGACCAAAUCACCCGCCAACCAAGAGGUCCAGACGGCAGUGGAAGAGGAGGUUUCGGUUUCGCCAAGCGAGGCGCAACCAACGGCUGAUCUUUCCAUUCUUUCAUGACUAGAAUGCAUUGACGCUACACGGUAUCAUUCUAUAUGAUCUGUAUCCCAAAAACAGAAAAUGUCUCCAACUACCGCUGUUCAAGAUACCAGUGUACAACUCUACCAACCACCACCAAUCUUCCCCGCCAACUGAACCACCCGUUCAGUGUCAGUCUGCGUCUUUCCCACAUCACUAACCACCUCCCGAAAGGUGGUAUACGCCAACUUCUCCACCGGCACCGACGUCAGCUCCGACCACACCCUCAGCACAUCCCGAACAUAACCGGGUGAUAUCCCAGCCACCACGAGGCCAUCAUCUGUCCUUUCAGAUGAUGAUGUCUCCUCAUCAUCACCAGAAAAGUACGCCUCAUCCACCACCUCCAACCAAGCCUUUUGCUCCUGCGGCCCAGGUUUGUUUUCGGUCCCACCAAAACCCAUCCUCUCGAGGACAAUCGGGUCGUCCACCUUGAGCUGUCCACCACCGUUGGUGCAACCCCCCGGACACGCCAUCACCUCGACAUAGGAGAAAUCCAGCGCGUUGGUGGCUCCCGCGGCCUUUCCAGGUCGUCGAGCUGAACCAAACGGUUUUCCUCCAGGCAUGCGGGGGGGUCUGGCGGGCUUGAGCUUCCGAACGAGGUUUUGGAUGUUGCGGAAGCCGUAGUAGCGGGCGGCUUUGAAGAUUUGUUCCCCCGAAGAGGAGAGAAUCGAGUACUCUAUUACGUCGGCAUUGCGGCCUCGGGUGGUGGUCAAAGUUGAACCGGGGUUUUGGGAGAGGAGCGUGUGGAGGAUGUAAUGAAGAUUUCCGCCGGAGGUGCCCGCAGAAAGGGAUUGCUGUUCGUUUUUCUUCCCCGGGGCGGAAAAAGGCAAAAGGAAAUCGCCCAUGGCUUUGUGAGGGAAGGGCGUGGUUUGGGGGAGGGGGGUUUUAGGUAGAGAGAAGAAAUUAAUGUUGCGUGACUCGGCGAGCAUGAGGAUUUCUUUGGUGGUGAUUACGCAGUCGACGUCUCUGAUUCCUUUUUGAGUUGUGGUUGUGGCUGGGUUGUUGGAGGUGUUGUUCCAGACGGCAUCGGUGAGCUCUUCCCGGCUGGCCUCGAGCUUCUUGUCGAAGCAGGGCAUUAUGGAGAGGUGCCAUAUCCUGUCUGGGGAGAUGUUGAGUGUUUUGGAGAGGGUUGUUUUGAGGAGGGUGCCGGUGAGGGCCUGGGGGGAUUUGACUUUUGAGAGGUAGGGGAGGACGUAGGGGUGGGUCUUUUCGGCGUAGCAGACCCAGCCUGGGCAGCUGGAGGUUAGGACUGGUUUUUUGAUGUCGUUGGAGGAGGAGGAGAUGACUUCGUCGGCGCCUAGGACUAGGGAGGCUUCGCGGGCACGGUUGGUGGAGACGAUGUAGGUGAAGCCGUUGUUGUGUCUGCCGCCUGAGGGGAGGCCGAGGGAGGGGUUGGAGAGGAGGUGGGUGAUCAUGUUUGCUGCUUGGGAUUGGGUGGUGUUGUUUCCUAUCGCGGCGGCGAGGGAGGCCAGGACUUGGGGGGAUACUGAGCAGACGAAGAGUUUGGAGGAGGGGUUUCCGUCGAGGUUGGUGGUUAUGGUGGUGCCAUCUUGGGAGAGGGCGAGGCUGGGGGCUGAGUCCAGGAGGGAGAGGACUUCAUUGUGGGAUUGGAGGGAGACGAGGACGGCUUCGGCCGAGGUUACGCAGCCUGAGCAGGCUAGGCAGUCGGUGAGGGAUAUUUGCGCCGGGCCGGCGGGUUGUGAGGCAGAGGGUUGCUGACCGUCGAGGAUGACUUCGAAUUCGAGGGAUUCGGAAGCUUGUGGUGGUGGCGCGGUGGGAAGGGUUUCGAUCGGUUUUAUACAAGCGACGCCGGGGGAUAUGAAAUCGUUCAGGUCGUCGGCAGAGAGGAUGGCUGACAUUAUGACGGCCGGCUGAGGAAGUAAAAAAGAGCUCGGACUCGAGGUGUGGUUGUCGAGGGGCCGAUCGAUGGAGGGGCUGUUUACCCCACGAUCAGAUGUCAAAGGUGUCGUCGUGAAUAGAUCUUGUCGCAAGCAAUGCCUCCAGUUGACUUCAGGGUAGCUCCAGUAGUAUAGGUUGGAAAGAAAGAGAGCUGAGUCUAAAAGAAGACAGCAAACACCCAGAGCCAAGAUAAUCC